CGCAAAUAGAAGGUCCCAGCUGUGCCGCUCUUUUCCGCACCAUCCCUCGACGAAAAGGAGCUGUGACCACUCUCAUAAACCCGUAAAGCCAUGUUUCCUCGCCCAAUAUGGGUCGCCUUGACUUUGGUGGCAUCGGCGCUCCAUUGCCGAGCGGAAGCUCCUGUAUACUUCUAUCCUCCUCUGAGCGACGCAACUACGCGUGAAAUCGAUUGGACGUCGGCAUCUUCCGUUGUCUCGGAAGUUGUUGGGAUUGCUCAGGGUUUCUCGCAAAUACUUCCGGGGGACGAGUCGCCAUUGCUGGGGAAUGUUGUUAAGGAGGUUCGUGGAGGCGUUUUCGGACUUCAUGGAGGCACCGUACGCGUCUCUUUCUGCAGAAAUCGCUGACAGGUUGGGCGUUGGCAGCUGGGCGUGAAUAUCCUCGACAAGCCGAAAGCCAAUCUGUAUCUUGUGGUGGAAGAUUUUCCCAAGGAGCAAACAUUGUUCGAUAGGACGCCCGCAUAUAAGAUCAAUGGGGAAGUGGAAGCUGGGGACGAACUGCUCGGAUUUGGAGCGCGAGUCGCCGAUCUA